AAUGAGUUUUAUGAUUGUUGUGCUCGCUUCCUUUUUUGGCGUCCUUGCUCCGCCCAUCGUGGCUCCUUGGUACUGCAGAUAACAAGCCCCAACCCGGAAAUUGCUGGCGAUAGGUUGGUUUAAAAUCGCAAGAAAUUCAAAUCGCAACUGACCGUCGAUGUGCUAGCAGGGUCGCUUUCUUCUUGGCUAUAAACACAAAUUUACUCAGUUGCUGUAUUUCCAGCAAUUUCCACGUAGGGAGUUGGUUAUUUUUAAAUCCGCUCUGUGGAGCCAAAGGCUUUAAAGGAAGACUGGCCUGCAAUGGAUCUGCAUGAAGAAAAAACUGCCGUUUACGAGUUUGAUGCCCCGUCCCAUGUCAUUGACUUUAGUUCUUUGGACACAGAUGACAAUGCUGACAAUUGGUUUGACCAGGUGGCAGGCCCAAAUACAGUGGGCCUGCUCAUUACUCCGAAGGCCGAGAAACCUCUUGGCAGGCCCCGCAGAAUGGACCUCCCUAAGGCUGUGGUGUCUCCCAGAUGUGAAGAUGGCAAUGCUGCCAGAGUUACAGACCAAGGGAGUCCGAAUACGCUGGCAAUACCAAAUGUUGUGACCUCAUGGGGCAAUGCAGGCCCAUCUACGUCAAGUCAAAACCAGAGGAACGGCCCAUCCCGUCAACCACGCAGGGUGUCAAAGCGCUUGGAAGCAGGCAGACGGCAAGGGAAGGGACCCGCUGCUGUGCCUGCCGCACCCCCAACUAAGAAGCCACGCAGGAGCUCGGUGUCCCGGUCCCUGCGCCGCAGUGGGACGACUGGGAGCCAGAGGCCCCGCAGAUCGGCUGUGCCCCCGUCCAGCAUCAGGAGGAACACAAAGCUCAAGAGUUCAGAGCAGCAGGAGGUGGAGCAUAUGCAGGCCCUGCAGAAGGAGGUUGCCGAGCAGCGCAAGAGGAACGACGCCAGCUUCAAGGCAGCUGUGACAGGAAGUCAGCCAGCCAGAAAGCUGGUGCUGUCCACCACGGUUCCGGUGGAGUUCCACUUCCGCACAGACGAGCGGCUGAAGCAGCCAGACGCGGCCCAGGACUCCGCCUACAAAGAGGUGGACUUCAGCUCCCAGCUUCGCAAGCACAUGGCCCCCCCUGCGAAUGGUCCCAGGGGAGCCACAGUGCCCAAGCCCUUCAACCUGUCGGGCCCCGCUAAACGCAAGCGCGUGGAGACUGAGGCCUACGUGUCUGUGGCAGAGCAGAUCGAGCAGUUUCAGAAACGCACGCCGGCCCGCUAUCACCUGCGCAGCCGCCAGAGGGAGGAGAAGGGUCCUUCCCCAGUUUCAAAUAAAAAGCUGAAAAUCACCCACCCCCAAACACCCCAGCUCCUAAAGAGGCCGAAGAGCCGACCCGUGGCAGUGAAAAGCAGUGCUGAGGCAGAGGAGGAGGAGCUGGAGAAGAUCAGACAGUUUAAGUUCAAAGCACUGGAGCUGAACAGGAAGAUCUUGGAAGGAGCGGUGAUGCCCAAGAAGCCCGCUCCUAAAGAGCCCACGCAGACUGAGGCCUUUCACCUGGAGACAGACCGGCGCAUCCAGGAGCGGCAGGCCAGCCGCAAGCCCGAAGAGCCCCAGGACCACACCUUCCACCCCCGGCCCGUCCCCCUGCACAUCCUGGAGGACGUGGUGGGUGUACCACAGAAGAGGGUGCAGAACCCAACCGUCCCAGAAUCCCCUGCUUUCGCUCUAAAGAACCGUGUGCGUGUAGAACACAAAGUGGAGCCGGAGAAGCCGGUCCCGCUGGUGAAGGCGAACCCCGUGCCGUACAUGGGCCUGCCGUUCCUGCCCAAGCUGCCGGAGAAGAACCAGGUGGAGAUGUGCCCCUUCUCCUUCGAUGCCCGUGAACAAGAGCGGCUGGCGCUCAAGGGGAGGAGACUGGAGGAACUACGCAACGAAGAGGUCCCCAAGUUCAAGGCACAGCCGCUGCCGGACUUCAGCGAGGUUCACCUGCCCGCAAAGAAGGUGGCAGUGCCCACCCAGGUGGAGCCCUUCCAGCUCCUGAUAGAUCAGCGCGGAACAGCCAAGAGUGAACGCUGGGUAAGGCAGAAGGAGGAGCUGAAGCAGCAGCAGGACGCAGCUAUGUUCAAGGCCCGACCCAACACGGUCGUCCACAAGGAGCCUUUCCUGCCAAAGAAGGAGAAUCGCUCUAUUGUUGUUACGGAGGGCUUCCAGCUGAACACGGAGCGCCGGGCCAAAGAGCGGCAGGAGUUUGACCAGGCCAUGUGUGAGAAGGAGGCACUGCGGGCACGCAUGGAGGAGGAGAGGAGGAGGGAGGAGGAGGAGAGGGAGCAAGACGAAAUAACCCGCCUCAGACUGGAGCAGGUGCACAAAGCUCAGCCGAUCAGACACUACAAACCACUGGAGCUGAAGAGGGGAGAGGUGCCCUUGACUGUUCCUCAGUCACCCAACUUCUCUGACCGCUUCCGCCUCUGAUCCCACUUCUGACCAACUGCGCCCCCCCCGUCCUAUGUGGUGUUCCCUGACAAUGCUUUCUCCUGCAUUUUAUGCUAGUUUUUUUCCCUCAAUUUUAUUUAUGUAUUCAUUUGUGUUCUUGUUUUUCAUUAAACAGUUUUAUUGAACUA